AUGGAUGACUAUAUCUGUUGUUCAUCAACAACAUGGGGAAGUCAUUUAUCCUUGCUGGAAAACACUUCCAAGGCUUUACAGGCAGGGGGGUUCACCUUGAAACCUUCAAAGGUACAAGUCGGACCCAAAGAGGUGAAAUACUUGGGACACAUCCUAUCUGCCGAUGGGAUACGCCUUGGUGAGGAUCGGAUCAAAGCCGUUCUAGAUUUACCUACACCCACGAACAUCAAAGAACUACGUCCAGUGUUAGGUAUGGUGAACUAUGCCAGGAAAUUCACACCGAACCUAGCCGCCAUCACCGCGCCCUUGGUUGACCUCACGAAAAACGAAGCAGUUAAAUCGGUCUCGAAACGCUGGGGUCCGGAACAUGAUAAAGCAUUCGCCGAAAUAAAGCGUCUGCUUACGAAAGCACCUGUCUUACAUUUUCCAGAUUUCUCUAAAGAAUUCGUGUUUCAUGUCGAUGCAUCUGAAACUGGUGCAGGAGCCUUCCUAGCCCAGAAGAAUGGUGAAGACCUGAAUAUCAUUGCUUACUUUAGCCAGCGCUUCAACCCAAGCCAACGACACUAUUCCGCAACCAUGAAGGAGUAUUACGCUGUAGUAUUGGCAAUUCCACGUUGAAGGCCGUACCUAUGGGGUCGACAAUUUACGUGCGUCACAGACCACGCAGCGCGAAGGUAUCUCUACACGAUGCAAGACACGUCAAAUAUACUUACACGUUGGGCAAUUGCACUGCAAUCCUUCGACUUAAGCGUUCAGCAUAAACCAGGAAAACUAAAUGUUGUACCCGACACGUGAUCGAGUCUUUUCCUUUUUGAAAAUGAACAAGCACGCGAGGUACCACCUCUUGCUCCGAUUUGCCUCAACGUACCAGAUGAUCCGAAGCUCCAAACGGCCAUGCCUUACAGACCUCACCAAGUGUCAGCAGAUAUACUAAACGACGUCCAACCUGUCCGCAGCGAUAGGGAGUUGUUCACUGUCAGCACUACACGGGUGUUUCAGUCUGCUGACCAUGCCAAGCUGCGCGAGAAGCAACGUAAAUAAUACAAGUAGAUCGACUACAUCCUUCACGAUAAUGCGCCUCUCCCAAUCAGAGAAACAGCAACGAACAGACUUGCGGGAAAAAUGGGAACGUACCCAAAAAUGAGAAUUGGCGUUUUUCUUCAGAACCAUCGGGUGUAUCACAGAACCAAAAUUAUCCUGCGAAACCCCUUCGCCCCAGCUGUGAGAUGAGCUCAUCAGAACCGCCAUGCUCCACUUCACGCCUUCUCACGGGCGCAAAAAGCGAUUCGUGCUGGUUUCGAUCUGAUUUCUCGCGAUGCUGGCUACCUCGGCGAUGCCGAGGACAUACAGCUUGAGCAGCAGCUCAUUCGAAAGCUGCUGUAAAGACCUACAGCACUGUCAACUUUUUUGGGGGGAGUUGCAAAGGCGUGGUUUGCUUUCUAAAAACAAACGCCCAUUCUCAUUUUUGGAUACGUUCCCAUUUUUCCCGUAAGUCUG